UUGAGAUUAAGUAAGAUGUUAUCAAUGGUAAUUUAAAAUCACAUAUUUGUUAAUUUAAUUUCUAAAAUCAAGUUUAAGAUAUAUAGAUUUUACUUACUCCAGUCGGAUCGGGUCGGGUGGUGUAGGGUAUCCAAUUAUUUAAGAUAGGAAACUCUUCGCUUUUACUUUCACUCUGGACCGAGCCAAGGCGAAACCAAUCCAGCGUAGGAAUUCGUCUCUCAUAUCUUACUUUCUGUUCUCAAGAGCUUUGAGAGAAUAUGCAGGCAAGCGAUAGGUUUAACAUCAAUUCCCAGCUCGAACAUCUCCAAGCCAAAUACGUUGGAACUGGCCAUGCUGAUCUGAAUAGAUUUGAAUGGGCGGUGAAUAUUCAACGCGAUAGCUACGCAUCUUAUAUAGGACAUUACCCAAUGUUAGCUUACUUUGCUGUGGCUGAAAAUGAAUCCAUUGGAAGAGAGCGCUACAACUUCAUGCAGAAAAUGCUUCUGCCUUGUGGUCUACCUCCAGAAAGAGAAGACGAUUAAAAUCUGCUGGUUGGGCCGUGGAGUGAAAUUUUAGGAAGUCCAAGCUCUUCCAAGCUUUUCCUAUCGAGCUGGAGAGUUUCUGGGCCUUUUUCUUUUUCCUUUUUGUUUCCUUCAAUUUGAUUGCUGUGUCCUAGGUCUGAAUGCCUGAGUGGGUGAAGAAAUGAAGCUUUUAUGUGCGCGUGUGUGUGUGCGUGCAGUAAUUAUUACUGACAAGUCUCUCGUAGCUGUUUACCUGAGCUCUUGUAUUGCUUAUAAAAACACAUUUCUCCUUUAA